AUGCGAAUUAUCAAGCCGUCAUGGCUGAGCCAUAGCGGAGAGCAGAAGGACUUCGAGGUUUACAGUUGUCAUGUGUCCCCUGACGGAAAGCGCCUGGCCACGGCAGGCGGCGAUGGCCAUGUGCGAAUCUGGGCCACCGAGGCCAUCUACAACGCAGAAGAUCCCGACUACAACAAGCCCCGGCAGCUUGCCCACAUGAGCCACCACCUGGGCACCAUCCACUCGGUGCGAUGGUCUCCCAACGGCCGCUAUCUCGCCAGUGGCGCCGACGACAAAAUGAUUUGCAUCUACCAUCUCGACAAGAACCCUCCCCCCACCAUAUUCGGGACCAACGAGCCCCCGCCCGUUGAGAAUUGGAAGACGUAUAAGCGAUUGAUUGGACACGACAACGAUGUUCAGGAUCUCGCCUGGUCCCACGACUCCUCCCUGCUCGUCUCGGUCGGUCUCGACUCCAAGAUUGUCGUGUGGUCAGGCUACAACUUCGAAAAGCUGCGGGUCAUCUCCGCCCACGGCAGCCACGUCAAGGGCAUCACCUUCGACCCGGCCAACAAAUUCUUCGCCACUGCCAGCGAUGACCGCACCAUCAAGAUCUUCCGAUUCACGUCUCCGGGCCCCAAUGCCACAGCGACCGACAUGGUCGACAACUUUGUCCACGAACACACCAUCCAGACUCCCUUCAAGAGCUCCCCUCUCACGACCUAUUUCAGGCGCUGCUCCUGGUCUCCCGACGGCAACCACAUCGCAGCAUCCAACGCUGUGAAUGGCCCGGUUAGCUCCGUCGCCAUCAUUGAGCGCACGCGCUGGGACAGCGAGAUCAACCUAAUCGGCCACGAGGGCCCCACCGAGGUCUGCAUGUUCUCGCCGCGACUCUUUCACACUGUGAACCCAAGCGACCCCGACGCAGAAGAGAAUGGCCAGCUUGUGACGGUGAUAGCAUCUGCCGGACAGGACAAAACGCUCUGCAUCUGGAAUACUAAUACUUCUAGGCCCGUCGUUAUCCUGCAGGAUCUGGCUGGCAAGGCGAUUGCCGAUCUUUCUUGGACUCCUGAUGGCCAGACCAUCUUUGCCGCGACGCUGGAUGGCAGUAUCAUCGUUGUCAAGUUUGAGAAUGCGGAGCUGGGCUGGGUGGCACAACCAGAGGAGAACGACAGAGCACUGCAGAAGUAUGGCGUGUCAAGGAAGGGCAUGGGAAUCGCUGAGGACGUUCAGGGUCUGGCUCUGGAGAACCGAAGCAAAGAAGGCGAGUCCAAGGCUGUGGAGUCGCGAAUGGGAGCGCUCAUGGGUGACUUUCAGCCUGAUUCAGGUAAAGACGCGACCCCCACCACCAAUGGCUCCAAGGCCGGGUCCAAUAAAGCUGCUACAAACGGUGAUACGGAUUCAGAAAAGCCUGGCGAUAAGCCUGCUGACAAGGCCGCCGAGGAAAACAAGGAGAGCACCGAUAAGACGGAGGAGCGGGUAAAGGAGAUGAAAGCACGGGUUACAAUCGGCAAAGAUGGCAAGAAGCGAGUAGCACCCAUGCUCGUCUCAUCGUCAGGGACAGGGCAAUCCUCACUGCCACAGACCCAGCUUGUUGGUUCAACGGCAUCCAAGUCCACUCAAAACGAUGCUCCCCUAACUAUGCUUGACCUUUCCAAGCCGUUCGAUGGACUACCCAAGGGUGGCAUCGCGGCCAUGCUUUUAGGGAACAAGCGCAAGUUUGGGGCAGACGAUGAUGAGGAUGAGGAUGAGCCAGUCGCGAAACGAACGACGACCGGACUGAUGCCCAUUGUCAAGAGUGGUGCCAAUGGCAGCGUCGAGUCUGCUGCGUUGACGCCCACCCAAAACGGAGUUGUCCCGACACCUGAAUUCCUUCGGCCAGCUGUUCUGAGCCCCUCCAUCGCUUUCGCGCAGGUGCGCCUGGCAGUCCCCAAGAUCAGAUCACACAUCCUAAGGCCGCUUGAGCGAGGCAUCCUCCGCGGUGAAGCUACAUUGGAUGACGCAUCUAAGACGGCUGAGCACAUCAUCCUAGAGGCCAAGAAUGACCCAAACCCGAGAGACCCGUCUCACGUGCUUGUCACCAAGCGAGGAGCUCUGGUCUGGCAAGAGUUUUUGCCCAGGGCUGUCAUCUUGGUAACCGCCAACAAGAAUUUCUGGGCAGUCGCGUGUGAGGAUGGAUCAAUCCACGUUUGGACACCCGCAGGUCGGCGCCUGCUGAACCCGAUGGUGCUCGAUGCCCAACCCGUCAUCCUCGAGAGCCGAGACCACUGGCUCCUGUGUAUCACAGCCGUCGGGCUCGUCCACGUGUGGGAUCUCCGUCAACAAUCCUCGCCUUGCCCCCCAUUCUCUCUCGCUCCGAUCCUGGACAUCGCAACGUCGUCGCUCAACCAGCACACAGCGACACCGGCCCCAGGCGUCACCUCGGCGCACCUGAACUCGACCGGUCACGUCAUCGUCACAUUAACAAACGGCGACGGCUACUACUACUCGCGCGAGAUGUACACGUGGCAGAGGUUGAGCGAGGCAUGGUGGGCGGUCGGUUCACAGUACUGGAACUCCAACGAUUCAUCCAUCUCUGCACUGCAGUCUACCGCCGUCGGUCCGGUCUCCAAGGACAGCGCAACCGCCAAAGACAAGGAGACCUCAACACCUUCGGUGUCAUCCGGCAUCAUUCCCUUCCUCGAGCGUCACACCACCAACGAAUUCCUGCUCAAGGGUCGGGCGUACGCCCUCCAGCGCAUCAUCAAGACUGUGAUCCAACGGCGGGAAGGAGAUGGGUUCGAGAGCAGCGUCAGCAUUGCCCAUUUAGAAAACAGGAUUGCGGGAGCACUGCAGCUUGGCUCACACGAUGAGUUCAGGCUGUACCUGUUCAUGUACGCCAAGCGCCUAGGCGCCGAAGGGGCGCAAACCAAGGUAGAGGAGCUGCUUAGUUCGCUCAUGGGUGGCAUCUUACAGGAGGAAAAAGGAAAGCGUGACGCCGAUGAGGGUCGCGGGUGGUACAGCAAGGAAGACGCCAUCUGUGGAUGGGAUCGCAAGGAGCUGUUGAAGGGAGUGAUCAUGAUUCUUGGCAAAUAUAGGGAAUUACAACGAUUGACGCUGCAGUACGCCCGCGUACUAGACCUCAACCUUGAUGAGCAGCUUGAAGUCGAAGCCAUGGAUGAGAGUUGA